AUGGAUUCUGGGCGAACCAGAAUUAGGGCAAAUGGCAUCAAGGGUGAACACAUUUCAGGGCAAACGAACAUACAUUCAGAUUACUCUGCAAGCCCUUACUAUUUGCUAUUUUUAUUGCAGUCAUACUCCGAGAAGACAGAUAGUUCUGCUGCUUUUGGUUCUUCUUUUCCAAAAGAGUUCCAUUAUGGCCAUGAUAACAGCGAGCCUGAUUCGCAGGCCAUGCCUGCCUCACAGAAGCCUCGCAUACUCCUCAUGGGACUCCGGAGGAGUGGGAAAACAUCCAUACAGAAAGUAGUUUUUCACAAGGUCUCUCCAAAUGAAACCUUAUUUUUGGAGGCUACAAAUAAAAUUGUAAAAGAAGAUGUGUCCAAUUGUUCAUUUGUCCAGUUCCAGAUUUGGGAUCUUCCCGGGUCAGAUCAUGUCAAUAUUUUUGACACUGCUAACUUUGACACAGAAUCAAUCAUCCUGGGAUGUUCUGCUAUUGUGUUUGUUAUAGAUGCACAGGAUGAAUACACAGAUGCCCUCGCCAAACUCCACACCACUGUGUCUAAGGCCUUCGGAAUCAACCCUGACAUUAAGUUUGAGGUGUUUAUCCAUAAAGUGGACGGUUUAUCUGAUGACCACAGAAUUGAGACCCAAAGGGACAUAUAUCAGCGAGCUAAUGAUAACUUGGCGGACGAUGGUCUGGAAAAUAUCCACCUUAGCUUUUCACUAACCAGUAUAUACGAUCACUCUAUAUUCGAGGCGUUCAGUAAGGUGGUACAGAAAUUAAUUCCUCAGCUGCCGGUUAUGGAGAAUUUACUUAAUAUACUCAUCUCUAAUUCGGGUCUGGAGAAAGCUUUCCUGUUUGACGUAGUGUGCAAGAUAUACCUGGCUACUGACAGCUCAGCGGUAGAUAUGCAGUCGUAUGAAUUAUGCUGUGAUAUGAUUGAUGUUGUAAUUGACCUCUCGUCAAUAUAUGGCCAAAGAGAUGAUGCAGCAUUUGAUGAGAAAACCAGGUCAACUAUUAAGCUUAAUAAUGGGACUAUUCUAUAUUUACGGGAAGUCAACAAGUAUUUAGCUCUAGUCUGUAUACUCAGGGAGGACAGUUUUGAAAAACAAGGAGUUAUAGACUACAAUUUUAUGUGCUUCCAACAAGCUAUCCAGGAAGUGUUUGAUGUCAAUACUGCAGAAUCCACUAAGCUGGCCAUCAGUGCAUCCGGAGACUACAGUCAUGCUAACGGCUCAGUGAACUGACAAAGUCCCUAAUACAAGAGAAAUCCAAAAACAGAAAAAUGCCUCCAUUCUCCAUGUAGAGGCUCAGAUUGGAGAUUUUGCUGUUAUGCAUGGAUCAUCUUUCUGCUGAAUAGUGCUGGACGACAAAUAAUAAACACUGGACAUUUCUGCAGCUGUGAUAUAAAUGUGUGUUGUCAUGCUAACCAAAAAAUGACCUAAUAACCCACUUCUCAUUUAUUGGCUGAAGUCAUUCUAUAUGCAUGUUUGUACCCAUGAUUUUCUACAUCAGACCAAUUUGAUUUUUUUUUAAUGAUAAAUCUUGUGAGUAUGAUGUAUUUUUUUUACAUG